AUGAUCGAAAAUUGUGAAAAAGAAACAACCUAUUCUCGCUCUUAUAAAAGCGGAAAAAUAGAAUUGGGUGAUGUAACUCCUCACAACAUUCGCCAGUUGAAAAGACUAAAUCAAUUUGUCUUUCCUGUUAGUUACAAUGACAAGUUUUAUAAAGAUAUAUUAGUUGCUGGUGAACUUGCUAAGUUAGCCUACUAUAAUGAUAUAGUUGUUGGAGCUGUAUGUUGUCGUGUUGAUGCUUUUGAUAAUUGUAGAAAAUUGUAUAUUAUGACUUUAGGUUGUCUUGCUCCUUAUCGUCGAUUAGGUAUUGGCACCAAAAUGUUGGAGCAUAUUUUGAACUAUGUCAAAGAAGACGGAAAGUUUGAUAGCAUAUUCUUGCAUGUACAAGUUAAUAAUGAUAGUGCAAUCGAGUUUUAUAAAAAAUUUGGUUUUGAUAUUGUUGAAACUAAGAAUCGGUAUUACAAAAGAAUUGAACCAGCUGAUGCUCAUGUACUUGAAAAGUUUUUAAAAUGA